UGCACUUCCGGUGUUCACCGGAUGUUGCUAACGGUUGUUAAAGCUCCCGUGGAGAAGCAAAGAGAAACCGAAAUGUGUGUAUAAUGUGUUUGCAAGGUGCUGGUGGAAACGUUCGUAGGAAUAGUUGUCUUUAUUCUCCUUUAAUUCUCUCUUUAUAUAAAGGGAAGUCCUGGUUUAAGUGUUCUUGCUGUGCCUUAGCAAAUCGUGGACCAUGAUGGAGCAAAGAAGAGCCUUAACUAUUCCAUUUCCUGUUGACAAGGAUAACUUGAUGGAAAACCCAUUCACAAUCCCCAUGCCAUGUCUUUCAUCACAGUGUGGGAAGUUAGAAAGACAGGUUUCCUGGACUGCAUUUGCAGGUUGCAAUUUGAAACAUCGUGAGUCACAGCAUACCAACGGUUCCAAGCUGUUGGAUCACAACCUUAUUGUCAUGGACCCAUUGGAAAUGGCCAGGGGGAAGCCCUAUCUGAUCCUGUCAGAUGUCCUAAAGACGGAAGAGGGCAAGGCUUAUAUGGAAAGGAUAAAACAGAGGCACACAUUGAGAAAUCGUAGACAAGUUACAUGUACACGGAGGGACAGUGGUCAGUGCGGAGAGGAAACCCCGAUCUGCAGAGAGACAAGGUCGAGUCGGAAGCAGGCCAAGAAUGAUAAAAACAAAAGUGUAACCCCUAAACGGAACCAGAAGACCACCCCCUCAUCCUCUGGAAGGUCAAGACUCAGGAGAAGGUUGCAAAAUGUUGAUGACGAAGUGGACAAAGAAGAAAAAGACAUCGAGGAGGUCAUAAUAGGCACGGAAAAUGGAGAGGACUACAAAUUCUCUGAAGUCGUAGAUUGUGGGUUGUCAGUAAGCUGGGAGCCUGCCGAGGAUGCAGGAGGCUGCAAUGAGUUCUCCCCAGCUAACAUCAAGGACGGGUUGACUGAUUCAGAAAAAGAAGUACAAAACAGUUUGAAGAGGAAAAGAAAAGACACAGAGUUCCAUUGCAACGGAACGGACAGCCCCAAACGCCACCGUGAGAGUGUGCUUCGCCUCACUGGAGAAGAUGGAAGAGAUGGAGGACCAGCCCCUACACGUGUUUGUUUGGAAGAAAGUGGAGACGACGUAGAUUUUGACAGCCUGGACCGUACCAUUGUACAGUUCACAGUGGGAGCAGAUGAUCAAACAGACGUUCUGGUCCCAAUCAACAGUCCUGAUUUGGAGGCUGGAGACUUUAUUGGUACCCCCAGACGAAGUCCACCGUCUAGCCAUGACAGUACAACCAAUAUCCUCCCCUCCGAACCCAUUGUGCUGUCCAGUGAUGAGGAUGAGGAGAGCGCUGAUGGUCCUCAGCACUGCAGCCCAGCCGCAGUCCAUACACUGGUCACUUUGCAAGACACCGUAAUACAGGGACAAUCCCCACGGGACCCUGUGGCCAAACAGCAAGAAUCCUCUUACCUACAGGACAUGCAGGUGUUGCAUCUAGUUGUAGAUCUUCCUCUCACCCCCAGUCAAGACUUCUCAAGCAUGGGCGUGGCCUUCUACACCCUACACUGUGGCGGUUACCACGGGAAAGCGAAUGGAGACAUCACGAUAACAGAACAAAAAAUCAUCAUCCCAGUGAAAGACACUAAUGAAGAGGUGCAUGUGAUGGUAACCUUUGAGCGUAAAGAGCUGAGGAGGUACAGUGUUUGGGAACAGCAGGAACUGGAAGCCCAGGAGCUUCACUUUAAGGGCGAGGAGGAGCCUAUCCCUGCUGCUGUCCUUCUGUUUUGUGUGUCAGAAACUGCGGCAGCUGCUGUGCAGCGGGACCUCCUCAAUCUGUAUGCCAAACAAGAUGGAGCCAUGAACACUGGCAAGGCGAGCCCCUUCAUCUUGCUAACUCUGAGAGAUCCUCUGGAGGGAAUGGAGGGGGCUUUGUUGCGCUCCUUCCUGGACAUUGACUGUCUGAACAGUCUUGCAGAUGAAAAAUCCAUUGUUCCCCAUCAUACAGACCUACUUUGUGGUCUGGAAGACAUCCACACUCCUGUUCUUUCCCUGGAUGAAAGCAUUGAGCUGAUUAAAAGAACUGGACUGGACUCUUACCUACUGUCUCUGCUGGGUCUGGAGAGCCCUGAACCUAAACCUAACACAGACCAGAAUGGUCCACAUUCUGAUAUAGACAAAACCACCACACCACACCUCCCACUGGAGGUUGACUCACAGAAGGAGACAGUACUGGAGCUAGAGAUAGCGACGGAACAAGACACAGGGACACAAGACAAACCAGAGGAGGAUCAGAAAGAACUUGAACAGCCCUCAGAGAAGAAAAAGGAGGAACCCACACCUGCAUACACACUGUGCCAUCGUAGAACCAAAGGAUCCUACUCCGUGUCCCUGUGCAAACGAGACUCCAGCUGGACUAAAUAUAAACAUCAGGGCCUGGCUCACAGGUUAAUCCAGUUUCCCCCUCCGCCAUUGAAAGGAGGAAUCACUGUUACAAUGGAGGACCUGCAGUGCCUUGACAGUGGGCAGUUCCUCAAUGAUGUUAUCAUAGAUUUUUACCUCAAAUAUCUCCUCCAGAAAGCCUCUGGUGCUGUGGCCGAGCGCUGCCACAUCUUCAGCAGCUUCUUCUACAAGCAGCUGACACGGAGGGACAACGCAAGUGAAGGCAGCACAAGUGACUCCUGUCAGAGGCAGAGGCGGCACCAACGGGUGAAGACAUGGACACGCCAUGUGGACAUCUUCAAAAAGGACUUUCUGUUUGUGCCUGUCAAUCAGGAGUCUCAUUGGUAUUUAGUUGUUAUUUGCUUUCCUGGACUGGAUGAGCCAAAAUCAGAGGCCUGGAAUGGUCCAGACACAGAGACGGCAGAGAGCCAAGCUGGGACAGCUGACAUACAGGAUCAAGAGGCCACUCAAGGAUCUAAAAGCCCAGACAAUAACACAGAGACACCACCUAUACCAACUACAGUAAACCACAGUGACAACGUGGAAACAGAGACAGAAAACAUUCAAGAAGAAUCCACCAAAGUCCCUCCACCUGGUCCAGUGGACUGCACAGAGCGGACCUGCACAAAAAAAACUGUUUGCAAGAGGCCGUGUAUUCUGAUCAUGGAUUCCCUCAAACUUUCUCUUCACGAGCGAGUCUUCAAACUCUUACGGGACUACUUGCAGUCAGAAUGGGAGGUCCGUCGUGGUUCAUCAAGGGACUUUAGUCCUGAUCAGAUGCAAAGCUCACACUGCCAGGUUCCCCUUCAGGACAACAGCAGUGACUGUGGCCUCUACCUGCUGCAAUACGUCGAAAGUUUUUUAAAGGACCCUGUGGUGCACUUUGACCUUCCUUUACAUCUAGAACGAUGGUUUCCACGGCAGCAGGUGCGGAGGAAACGAGAUGAAAUCAGAGAUCUGGUACUAAACCUUUACCGACAUCAAAACCUGGAUAGUAACAGAUAAAAAACGCGAAGCAGCUCUGGUGUUCAGUGCAUCACAUUCCUGUAGUCGUUAUAAAUCACCGCUCAUACUGAGCAAUGGACAUUUCAGCGUGAACUGAAAAUAUUUCCUUUUAAAUUAGAUGAUGUUAUGGUUUUAUGCAUUAACUUGAACAAAACAUGUAAACCUUUGACUAUCUGUGGGUCCUGUGAGUGAACAUAAAGGCAUCAGUUAGUUUAAGUUGAACAGGUAGCAGUCCAUCCAACCAGAACAAGUUUUAAAUUAGAUUAUAUCUAGACAUGCCAAUGUUUGUACACCCCAUGCCUUUUUACUCAUUUUUAUACUGCAAGAUAUUUUAUAAAGGCAAUUAUUUGUAUUUAAUUUUAUGUAGUGUUAAGUGUUAAAAUGGCAAAACCUAGUUUGUAAAGUCAAUCAAAGAUAGUUUGAGUUGGGUUUACUUGCUUUGCUGACAUUUGUUAGACCUUUCAUGUCAAGUGUGACUUAAUAUUUCAGUCUCAUUUAUGGGUUUUCUGAUUAAAACUGUUUUGGUUCUGCAUUCUUUGCAUCAGUACACGUUUGGAUUAACUGAAUUCCUAAAACAAAGACACGGUGUGGCGCAUUGCUUGAAUUUCAUUAUAAAAUCGUAUGCCGUUGAAGCCUCAGGAACUGAAAUCCUAACAUGAAACAGCAAUUCCAUCUUUUGACCCUUGUCGGAAGAAAAAAAAAAAAACUCUUUCAGUCACUCAGUGCCUCUCUCAGGUAUCCUGUUUUUAUCCUGUUGGCUGCCAGAUAGGAGACAAAUGUAUGGAGUGUAUGCUACCAUUUAUCUGUGACUCACUCUGUACUACAAUGCAUCAUAGACCCUAAAUUCAUAUUGGGACACUGUGGUGUUGCCAGAUGUCAACUUUACCUCCACAAAUUGUCAGAAUUAGACCAAAUUGGGUAUUUGCACUGUCAAUGCAGGCUACUGCAUAUCGUCAUUUUGCAUAUAGCAUAGUCAAAAUUGUUGUUUUGAGACUGACUUGGCUGGGUUUUUGUUACAUUGGUAUUUAUUUGUCUAGAUUUGACACACUGAUAUUUUACGUUUAGUGGCAGGUAUCAUAAGGAAAAAAGGAACAUUUUGGUAUGAAAUGGGGGAGAAGUCGUUGCUGAUCAUGCAGUCCAAAUCAUAGAACCUGUAAGAAACCUGAAUCCUUUUCACAAGAAUAGAACUCGCAAGACAUUCAGGGGUGCACAUACAGUAGCAUGUGUAAUUGUAUGCUCUCAGAUAAAGACCUAAGAGACAUUGCAGUCCAUUACUACUGUUGCCUAAGUCCUUCUCACCAUAGAUCCAUCUCAGUAGUCUCGUAGUUUUUUCCCCCUCUUUUGUUCAGAUGUUUGUCUCUUUUAACACUUUAUAACAUACUUGAUGCCAUGUUUUUUUUAGACAUUGUAAUUGACAAAUGUAUAGGAGCUGAUUCCAAAAUAUUUUCUGGUUUCAAUGGUGUAUUAAAACCUGUAGACCGAA